CUAAAACAAUCCUUUAUUUGUUCAUUUAAUCUAUACAAAACUAACAAAGUAACAGCCACAUGAUGGAAACAGAGUAGAGAGAAGAAGAAGACGUUUGUUGCAGGAAAUGGCGAUUCCGAUGACAAGAAUGAUGGUUCCUCCUCAGGUAAGCUCUUCGCUUCGUCUCUCGCAUCCGAAUCUAUCAAACUCCACUCGCGUUCCUUUGCUCUGUCGCUGUGCUCCAUCACAACUCCAACCACUUCGGUCUGGACUCUCUCUGUCGGCAGGAGCUCACGCCAUCCCGCAUCCAGAUAAGAUAGAGAAAGGUGGGGAAGAUGCUCUCUUUGUAAGUAGCUACAGAGGUGGUGUCAUAGCUGUUGCUGAUGGUGUUUCCAGCUGGGCUGAACAAGAUGUUGAUCCUUCCUUGUUCUCCAAAGAGCUCAUGGCUAAUGCUUCUCGUCUAGUUGAUGACGAAGAGGUGAGAUAUGAUCCUGGUUUCCUCAUUGACAAAGCUCACACCGCAACUACUUCCAGAGGUUCUGCUACAAUUAUUGUAGCGAUGCUUGAGGAAGUUGGUGUUCUGAAAAUAGGCAAUGUUGGAGACUGUGGACUUAAGCUUCUCCGAGAAGGUCAGAUCAUAUUUUCGACUACUCCACAAGAGCAUUAUUUUGACUGUCCCUUCCAACUAAGCUCUGAAGGCUCUGCUCAAACUUAUAUGGAUGCAUCGUUUAACAUAAUGGAAGUAAAGAAAGGAGACGUGAUUGUGAUGGGUUCAGACGGGCUUUUCGAUAACGUAUUUGAUCAUGAGAUUGUUAAUAUAGUGACCAAACAUACAGAUGUGGCAGAAUCAUCGAGAUUACUAGCUGAAGUGGCGAGUAGCCAUUCAAGAGAUCCAGGCUUUGAGUCUCCAUAUGCAUUGGAAGCAAGAGCCAAGGGGUUUGAUGUUCCUCUCUGGAAGAAGGCAUUGGGAAUGAAGCUUACAGGAGGGAAGCUUGAUGAUGUUACUGUUAUCGUUGCCCAAGUGGUGGACUCUUGAGUCUUAUGUGAUUGAUCUUUUCUCAUUAUUGAUUUGAACAAGUCUUUGUACAAAGACACUUGUCAUUGUGUUGGAUGAUCUUAUCAAAGAAAUUAAAUAUUUAUCCUUGUGAAUCAAACUCUUUAUAGCUCA